UAUAGGUGGUCCUCGACUUACGACCACGACGGACCCCCAAAUUUUCCAUGGCUAAGACGAAGUGAGCUUUGUCCCAUUUUGUGACUUUUCUUGCUUACGGCUGUUAAGUGAAUCCCUGCGGUGGUUAAAUGACAUAACAUGGUCGUUAAGUGAAUCUGGCUUUCCCAUUGUCUUUGCUUGUCGGAAGGUCGCAAAAGAGGAUCACGUGACACCACCCCCACCCCUGGGAUGCUGCGACCGUCGUAAAUAUGAGUCGGUUACCGAGCGUCUGAAUUUUGAUCAGGGGACCUGCAAUGGUCAUUUAGCCAUGGAGGAAUCCGAAGAGAAGCGUUUUGAAGAGGAUACAGUAUAGAAAAGCUACCUUUCCUGAGAAAGUCAACUCAUUUUGGAUAGCUCUGCUGACCAAGUCAGAAGAAGCAGCACCAGAAAUCCUUAAGAGUUGGAAGUGCUGAAUCUACUUUUUGGAUACCGUGUGAGUCCUUGAGGUCAUCUCUCCCCAGAGAGAGAUUAGAGUGUCAUCAGAGCAGCUGUCCGUGGAGAAAAAAAAUCCUUCUCUUAUCCCAAGACAUCAGGAAACUUCCAGGACCUGAGAAGGAGUGGCAGAACCUGGAGGCGGUGUGUAAAGCGGAAUCGGCCUAGAAUCCCUACGUAGCCCCAAGCGGACUCAAUCCAACCUUUUUUGACUGCCGUUGACCAUUAUCUCACUUCAGCAGCGACCUUCUGGCUUGCGCCCCCCAUCCAGUUGCUGCCAUGUAUUCCCUGGUCUUCCUCUGUGCCCAGAAGGUUGUCUCCCACUACUUAACCUUGCAAGAUGCCCUGGGCUUCCUCCCGAAGGAGCUGUAUCCCGUCCUGUUCAAGGCCGCCUUCAUGGAUAAGAGAACUCCAUCGCUCCAGCAAUUGGUGCAGACCUGGCCAUUCCCCAUCCUCAGUUUCCAGAAACUCUUGCGCAAAUGUCAGCAUUGUGAACGGGCCCUGAUCCGGGAGAAACCGAAUAAGUUGUGUAUUCAGGCCAUUAUUCUGGGGGUGGUGACGUAUCUCCUGAAGAUGCUGGAGGAUCGAACGUGUAGUAAGAGCAAGGGGCAGCGCUUGCAGAUCCUCGACAUGACAGGCCUCCAGGACGAAGGGCAGGGCCCAGAGAGCAUGAGCCUGUGGUCCAGGACGGUCACACUGGCCAAGGCUUGCCUGGACAUCUCCAAGCAGCAGAGCAAGUACCUGAAGCGUUCCUCCAAACGGAGGAAGGGCCCCUACAGCAGCUCCGUGGCCCUGCCGGCACCGCAGCCCGUGUCCGUGGACGUCUGGGUGGACCUUUUUGUCAACAGCACCUCCUACGUGGUGCUGAAAGAUGCCCUGCAGAUCAACAGCGGCAACGCCCUGCGCCUGCGCUGCCGGGACUUCCGGGCGGAGGAGCUCUCCAUCGCCAGCACCGUGGGCCUGCUGGAGUUCCUAGACCCCGCUGGGGUCCGGCAGGUGGACCUGCGUUUCAACAACCUCGGGCUCUCCGGCCUCAGGGUGGUCCUGCCGCACCUGACGAAGUUCACCAACCUGGCCAGCCUGAAGCUGCCCUACAGCAACAUUGACGUCCGGCGCCUGACAGUGGGCAUGGAAGGGAGCCUGCAGUACUUCGCCAACCAGCUCAGCCGCCUCACCUGCCUCAAAGAGCUGAACCUGGGCUCCUCCAGGCUUUCGGGCAAGCUGCGGCAACUCCUGGGGGACCUGCGAAGCCCUUUGGAGAGCCUGGAGCUGGCCUUUUGCUACCUGCUGCCCAACGACUUCGCCUACCUCUCCCAAAGCCUCCACACCUCGGCCCUGAAGAAGCUCGACCUGAGUGGCAACAACCUGUCCGACAGCCUCCUCCAGCCUCUGCAGGGCCUGCUGACCGAGGCCGCCUCCACUUUGCUCCACCUGGACAUCAUGGAAUGCCGGCUGAUGGACACCCACCUGAACCUGCUCCUGCCCGCCCUCUGCCGCUGCACCCACCUCCGCUACCUGGGCGUCUUCGGCAACCCCAUCUCGGCCAAGGGAGUGAAGAACCUGCUCCACAAGACAGUGGGCCUCUUGGACUUGCGGCUGGUCAUCUACCCCUACCCCGUGGACUGCUACGGAGACGACCUGCCCUGGCCCCCCACCUCUUCCAACCUGCUGAAUGGUUCCGUGGACGAGGAGAAGUUCUCCCGAGUCAGCAACGAACUCCAGCAGAUGCUGCUGAGCGCUAACCGGGGAGACGCCAUCUGGACCACGAACCUCUGUCGCCACAACAGCCUCGACUAUUUCAGUUUAUAGCCCCGUUGGGCGUCGGUACUCUUCUACUCCUAAAUCUGGAAUAAAGCCCCUCCUCUUCCUCUCUUGUCAGUAAUCUGAGCCCACCUGGCAGUCCCGGCAGGUGUAAACCAGAAGCCGUGCCCGGGGUAACCCUGCAAGCAGCCUCUUUAGAGCCUGCAGGGAGGUUUUCCUGAAACCUGGAAACACACUCUGCCAAUUGUGCUGGGCCCUCAAGGAGCCGGUGAACAGGAGCCGCCUCGCAGGGAUGGGGAAGGAGGCACACAGCUGGGGCAGAGGGGGGCAUUGUGCUCUCUCUCCAUCCCUGCUGAAGGGGGAUGCCAGCCCAGAAUAUCUGUCCCAACCAUGUUUGUUUUUUUUCUUCAAUUGCAGACCAUUUCCAGUGCAUGUAGCAAUGGGAGGGAGGGGGUCAUUUUCCUGGUUGUUCGAUUAUUAUUUUUUUUACUUCUAUACAUCAGAAUGUAGCAUUGUGUUGUUGUGGGGUCUGAAAUAAGAGGGUGCAGGUGGGUUCCUUUCCCCUGUGUUGUUUGCCCUCUCGCGUUGUCGGAUAAGGUGGGAGCAAGCAAGUUGUGGAUCUCGAGUUUAGAGGGAAACCUCGUUUUAUGAUGGGCGGCGGGAGGGGAAAAGAUGACACAACAGCUUUUAUCUUGAAAUAAAAGACGAUGCCUCUCGGAGCAAA